CCGAUCCUAAAUGGCCCCUCUCCCGGAGGCCCCGCCCCCCACAAGAGCCCACCUUCCCCCUCCCCGUGAUGGGCUGGACGCGCUGGGAGGGGGAAGGGGUGAAUUCAUAUUUUCAGGUCUUUCCUGCUGUCCCGGCAGCCUGAGUAACAGCCAGAGUAGGCCAGAGGUGUUGGAGGUGGGGUGUAACAGGGCCAGCCCCCAAGCCUGCCUCUGCCCGGGGCAAGUGCUUGGCAGUCAUGGGGCUCACCCGGAGGCAGCCUCACCCUGGGCCUCUGCUCCUCCUGGUGCUGGUGUGGCUCUCCCCAAGCCUGAGUCUGGACCUGAUUCCCUACGAGCCGCAGAUAACAGCCUGGGACCUGGAAGGGAAGGUCACCGCCACCACGUUCUGUCUGGAGCAGCCUCGGUGCGUCUUCAAUGAGCAUGCCUCAGCCAACGACACCGUGUGGCUGGUGGUGGCUUUCAGUAAUGUCUCCAGGGACUUCCAGAACCCGCAGACCCCUGCUGAGAUCCCGACCUCCCCACAGCUGCUGACUGACGGCCACUAUAUGACAUUACCCCUGUCCCUGGAUCAGCUGCCCUGUGAGGAUCCCACGGGUGGCAGUGGAGGUGUCCCGGUGCUUCGAGUGGGCCAUGACUCCGGCUGUUACCAGAAACCCUAUUGCAACGCUCCCCUCCCCAGUCAGGGGCCUUACAGCGUGAAGUUCCUUCUGAUGGAUGCCAGUGGUCCACCCAAGGCUGAGACGAAGUGGUCCAAUCCCAUUUAUCUCCACCAAGGGAAAUCCCCCAGCUCCAUUGACACGUGGCCCGGGAGGCGGAGCGGCUGUAUGAUCGUCAUUACGUCCAUCCUCUCUGCCCUGGCCGGCCUCUUGCUCCUGGCUUUCCUGGCAGCCUGGACAAUGCGAUUCUCCAGCCUGUGGUGGCCCGAGGAAGCCCCUGAGCAGCUACGGAUUGGCUCCUUCAUGGGAAAACGCUACAUGACGCACCACAUCCCCCCCAGCGAGGCUGCCACCCUGCCGGUGGGCUGUGAGCCUAGCCUGGAUCCCCUUCCCAGUCUCAGCCCGUAGCCUGGUCUCUGCAGCUUGGGCCUGGGGUGAGGGACAGAGCAGGGACACAGGGCCUGUAGGGGGGUCUGGCAUCUUCACAGCUCCUCGUAUCUGUUUCUGUCCCUCACUAGGC